ACUGCAGUGCAGCAGCUGUUCCACGGCGCUGGCGUCUUCGUGACGGGGGGCACGGGAUUCCUGGGCACUGCGCUGCUAGAGAAGCUUCUACGCUCCUGUCCUGGCGUCAGGACCAUAUUCAUCCUCGUGAGGCCCAAGAAGGGCAAGACUCAAGAAGAGCGAUUCUCUGGUCUCUUCGAAGCACCGGUGUUUGAAUCCAUGAAGAAGGCCUGUCCCAACUAUAUGACCAAAGUGAGGGCUGUGGCCGGUGACUGUGGGUUGCCCGGCUUGGGCCUCGGAGAAGCAGAUCGCGAGCUGCUAUGUCAAGAAGUGAGAGUCGUGUUCCAUAUCGCAGCAACUGUCCGGUUUGAUGAAAAGCUGAAGACAGCUGUCCACAUCAAUGUCAGAAGCACGAAGCACCUGCUAGAGCUCGCAAGGCACAUGCCACAUCUCAAGGUACAAUCUCAGAAUGCCUGGAAUCGAACAUGGUCCUCCAGUCUGGAACUAGUGUUCUUGCUACUUAUAACUGCAUCUGGGAGAAACCGCCUAGUGGACCUUCUGGAUGAAGAUGUGCUGUCCAUUAUGACUCCAAUGAUACUGAGGGAGUGGCCAAACACAUAUGCACUCACUAAAUCAAUUGCUGAAGACACAGUACGAGAGUUUGGAAAGGGCCUGCCAAUAGCAGUGGUGCGACCUUCUAUAGUGAUAAGUACCGCACGUGAACCUUUCCCUGGUUGGAUCAACAACAUUUAUGGAGCUACUGGAGUUGUGGUAGGAGCUGGGGUUGGACUCCUAAGAACCAUGCACUGUAAUGAAGAUAUGUUGGCAGAAGUGGUUCCUGUCGAUAUGGUUAUUAAUGUGAUGAUAGCUGCUGCUUGGGACGUAGCAACACAACAAAGGUUGAAAGCACAGCAAUAUCUACUUGAAAAACAAACUGGGAACCUUCCAGGUCCAGAUGAUGAUAUUCCCAUCUUGAACUAUGUAUCUUCAAUUCAGAAUCCUCUCACAUGGGCUCAGUAUAUGAAGUUUAAUGAAUGCGGGAAAGAAUUCCCAUCUAUGAGAGUGCAGUGGUACUACUGCUUCCAACUUAAUAAAUACAAGAUCAUGCACAAUUUGUAUGCCAUUUUUCUGCACUUUCUGCCAGCUCUCAUUGUGGAUACUGCAGCCAGACUUGUUGGGAAAAAGCCAAUAUUAUGGAAUAUUUACAAGAAGAUCCACAAGUUUGUUGAUGUGAUAUCAUACUUCUCCACCCAACAGUGGAAGUUCACAAACGACAAUGUGCAGACUUUGUGGAAAAGGAUGAGUCCUGAGGAUCAAAAGCUCUUUGACUUCAACAUUGCUAACAUUGAUUGGCAGUCUGUAUUCAAAGAUUCCAUGCUAGGGUUGCGCACGUAUAUGGCACAAGACACCCCUGACACAAUAGAACCUGCAAAGAAACGCUACAGAAGGUACAGCCAAAAUGUUUAAUAAAAUGACUGUAGUGUACUAAUACAAAUAUCAGUGCGGUAAGUUGGAAAAUUAGUUAUAGUAGAUGGCCGUGAAUUGAAAGUAACAGUAGAAAAAAUAACAUUCAAUUCAAGUGCCAUUUUAUUGUUCUAUUAUUCAAGACAUUUAGUAAUCUCUCCUAAAUCUGAACUCAGAAAAUAUUACACACCAAAGAAAUGAACAAACUGCAGUCUUAUAUAUUGUGUAAUUCAAUCUCAAGUGAAGUACUGAAAUAUGAAGUGAGCCGGGAUAGCUCAGUCAGUAUAGUGACUAGCUACAGGCUGGACGACUGGGAUUUGAUGCCCAUCGGUGGCAGAGACGUUUUCCUCUGGGUCCCAC